GUUUAAAGACCAGCAUUAUAUAAUUCCUAUUAUAGUUGCAUUGGGGUCUAUUUCUUAAGUCACAACACAAAUCAAGAAAAAUGCCCAACAGUAUAAUGACUAGAGGAGCUUCAAAAUUCAUCUUCUUAUUCUUCUUGUUUAUUCUUCUUGCCUGCAUUUCUGGAUUAUCCCCAGCUAAGAGAUUUGAGCACAACGAGCUUGAGAGGGAAAAGGAACAAAAAUUCCAUAUUUUCGCAAAAAGACUGCUUGAGUUGUUACCCAUUAGAGCUAUAAAACAUGACUCGAUGGAUCCACCAGCAACUGGAUUUCCUACAACCCCUAUCAUAAAUCCUGUCACAACUCCAUCUAAUAUGCCUCCAGAUAACUCAGCUCCAACAGUUGUUACUGUCCCGUCCACAAAUCCUAACCUUGGAAAUUCAAAUUUUGGGUCUAUACCUCCAGCAGCUCCUUCUACGACCCCUGUGACUGACCCAAACCCCAAUCCUCCGGUACCACUAACUAAUCCAGUUACCACCCCCAGCACAAGUACACCCGUAAGUAAUCCUGUAACAACGAACCCAAACCCCGUAGGUGCUGUUCCUUCCACCACCCCGGUAACGCCUCCUGUAACCACAAAUGCUCCUGCUACUGGAGGACAGAGCUGGUGUGUCGCAAAGAAUGGAGCUGGACAGACUUCACUUCAGUCAGCACUUGAUUAUGCUUGUGGGAUGGGAGCAGAUUGCUCAGCCAUCCAGCAGGGUGGAAGUUGUUAUAAUCCCAAUAGUCUGCAAAGUCAUGCAUCCUAUGCCUUCAAUAGCUACUUUCAAAAGAAUCCAGCGCAAACGAGCUGUGAUUUUGGGGGUGCUGCCCUGAUAACCAACUCAAACCCAAGCACUGGUUCUUGUGUUUUCCCUGCAUCGGGGUCUUCUACAUCAUCGCCUGCAACACCUACUCCAACAACUACCACACCAAUGUCUGGAACUCCAGCGCCAACAACAUCCUCAACAGGUGCUGCAGUAUCAGGCUUAGCACCUCCAACAGUGUCAAAUGGUAACGACUCUGGUUUUGGAACGAUGCCCUCGGGCAUCAGUGAUGGUAUUCCUCCUACUGCUACUACCUCGUUGUCCAUGUCAAACGGUUUCCAACCCUUGGUUGGCUGCAUCAUUCUAGUCGCCUCCAUCGUGACUAGUAAGCUUGUCUUGGAGUUUUGAGGAAAAGAGAAGCUCAAUUGUCAAGAGAGAAGCUGGAUUUUCGGUUUCUAAACAAUGUACAGUUCUCGUGGAGGAAAAAUGGAAGCAGUUAGGAGUAUUCUCAAGAGGCUUAGACAUAACACACCUAUACACUGCUUUAGUAUAGUUAAUAUAUCCUGCAUAUUGGCUAGCUAGAUGUAAAAUUCAUAUAUUAAUUUUAGAGGCCAUAAUCUAUUAUAUCCAUCACUUUGAAGUAGUAAUUAUUAUCCAGUAUGUUGAAUAGUUCUGAUGUUACACUGCUAUAUUAUAUAUUUCCCUGCUUAUGAAGGAUCUUAGAUCUCA